GUGCCGGGCCUCGGGGCCUCGCGUCUCCGCCCGCCCACCGGCUCGCUCACUCGCUCAGAGCCCAGGCCGCCGCCAUGUCUUCCGGGGCCAGCGUAAGCGCCCUGCAGCGCCUGGUGGAGCAGCUCAAGUUGGAGGCCGGCGUGGAGAGGAUCAAGGUCUCUCAGGCGGCGGCAGAGCUUCAACAGUACUGCAUGCAGAAUGCCUGCAAGGACGCCCUGCUGGUAGGUGUUCCAGCCGGAAGCAACCCCUUUCGGGAGCCCAGAUCCUGUGCUUUACUCUGAAGACUGGGAAGAAGUCCGCUGAGGAAUGCUUUCAAGCACCAAGUGAUGAAUGACUGCCUCUAAAUCUCAAGAACACACUUCUCCAGCCAAAUGACUUUUAGAUAUUUCACAGGACCUUUCCUGAGGCCUGGUCCUUUAGCCAAAAUUCUAUGGAAAUUUAUGAGUUUCUACUCAAGGAAACUGGGUGAAGGAGUAGAUUUUAAAUAAUAAUGGCCUGGUUCUUUGCUGAAGUGCUUUAUACUUAAACAAAAACCUUACCACCAAAUAUACCAAAAUACACCUCUUUCACUAAGUGAAUUACUAGUGUUUCUAUACCUGGAAUGUUACAUAUGUUUUAUUUACUAGAUGUUUACAUUUUGGGAAGGAAAACAGUAUUGUUUGUUAAAAAAAUUAAAUAUUUGUAAUUUGUUGUUCCCGACUAAGAUUUUUAUACCGUAACAAAAUUUGUUCUUUUCUCAUGAAUUUAUAAUUUCUAAAUGAAGACAAGCAAAUAUAAAAUUGGGGGAAGAAUGGGCUUUAUUAAUCAAAUGAUGUCUUGAUUUUUCUAAAUGAGAAGAUUGUUUUAUUUUUAACACUAAAUAUGGGAGCUGUUUCUUAGCAAACUUGUUUGAAAGGAUUAAUGUUGUGUUGUGUAUUAGAUUGCCCCAUCCAGUAUAUGAAGCAGAUUUGAUCUUUGUCUUCUUAAGUUCCUCUAUUUUAUAAUGGUGGUUUUACUUAAAAAAAUGUUUUAAAUGUGAUCUAUGGAAUAUUGCAAAUGAUUAAAGAAAAAAGUGGGGCUUCCCUGGUGGUGCAGUGGUUGAGAGUCCACCUGCCGAUGCAGGGACAUGGGUUCGUGCCCCAAUCCGGGAGGAUCCCGCAUGCCGCAGAGCGGCUGGGCCCGUGAGCCAUGGCUGCUGAGCCUGCGUGUCCGGAGCCUGUGCUCCGCAACGGGAGAGGCCACAGCAGUGAGAGGCCCGCGUAUUGCAAAAAAAAAAAAAAAAAAAGUGAUGUGAAAAUAUUACAACCUAAAUGAAUUCUCAGUGUCACAAGUGUUUUACUUUGAUGAUGUGCCUUUGACUUAAUUUGGGACACUUAAAAGAAUACUUUAUAUGUCUUUGUUAUAAUCUUUGAAGAGCUUGGAAAUAAAAUUUCUGCUUAAUUUCUGCUAAUGCCAGCAAAAUUUUGUGUCUGAUUUUGUUUUAAGGCUUCAUAGAUUUUGUUUGCUUGUGAGAUUGAGUGCUGGAAGUGGGAGGUGAAAUUUUUGUUUACAAG